AUGAAUAGAAUUAGACCGCUCAUCAUCCAAUCGGUGAAAUUCUCGAAGUAUUCCAGAGGUUUCAAAACAUACUCGCGUGUUUUCCAAGAUGUACAAAUAAAAGCGAAAAAAGAGGAGCAAAGCAAUAAGAACGAUCAAUUUAAACAGAGCCAGCGGUCUAAGCUUGAAGAUCAGCAGAGACAAGGACAAAUUCCGCUCUCUCAAUUUAUUAAGGGAUUUACAGUAGCGACAAUAUUUCUUGUCGGAGGAGUUCUUGAAGGCUAUUGGAUGGGAAAGACACCUGAAAAUGAUAGGUCUGUUAUCGAAUUGAAAGAUAUUGAGAGGUCCCCGAGCUAUGCAACGGUGGCAGUUGUCAAUGAUGCAAUCCAGAAGAUUGUGAAAAUUGUUGGCGAGGAAAAUAUCACCAUUUCAGAGGGUGAGAUCAAAUCACACUCUGCAGAUUCCUCAAAGUUCGUUCUUCCAAAAGAAGACGAGGAGCCUUAUUGUGUUGUGUAUCCUCGAAGUGCCGAGCAGGUUUCCAAUAUUGUUAAGAUAUGCUAUGAUAAGUAUAUUCCAAUUGUGCCUGUUUCAGGUGGAACUUCCAUUGAAGGUCACUACAUUGCAACCAGAAAGGGUAUCAGUUUGGAUUUGAGCAGAAUGAACAAGCUCAUCGCUUUGCAUGAAGAUGAUAUGGAUGUGGUUGUUCAGCCUGGAAUGGAAUGGACCGAGUUGAAUGAGAUCCUCAAACCUCGAGGUUUGAUGUUUGGUCCCGAUCCUGCACCUGGUGCAAUGAUUGGUGGAAUUGUUUCGACUAAUGCUUCGGGAACAAAUGCGUACAAGUUUGGAGGGGCCAAGGACAAUGUGCUUGCUUUGAAAGUUGUGCUUGCAGACGGAACUAUCAUUCGUACAAAGAGGAGAUCCAAGAAAUCGUCUAACGGAUACAAUCUGACGAAUUUGUUCAUUGGUGCAGAGGGAACUUUGGGAAUAGUUGUUGAGGCUACUCUCAAGUUACAUCCGUUGCCAAAAUCGGAGGCAAUUGCCUUGAUGAACUUCAAAACUAUUGGAGAUGCUACAAGGGCUGUUGCUGAUAUUGUGAAGAGUGGAAUCGAUUGUAAUGCCUUGGAGUUUAUGGAUGACCGUCAGAUGAGGGCCGUCAUAGAGAUGGGAUCUGGAGGUGAUAGAAAGUGGAGUGCGCAUCAUCUUUUGAUGAUGAAAUUGGGUGGAAACAACAAGGGUGUCGUUAAAGAGUCGAUAAAGCAAGUUCAAAGUCUAGGAAAAAAGAAUGGUGGCUUCAACUUUGAUGUCGCAACUAAUGAGGCGGAUAAGAAUGCCAUCUGGCAGGUUCGGAAAACUCUUUUGUGGAAUUCCUUGGGCUGGGCCAGAAAGAUAAAACCAAAUGCUCGCGUAAUGCCAACUGAUGUUUGUGUUCCAGUUUCAAAGCUUCCAGCACUUAUGUCACAUGUGAUGGCAAAAAUGGAUGAUGCAAACCUUUUGGCGACAGCCGCUGGUCAUGCUGGUGAUGGUAACUUGCACAUUUUGGUGAUAUAUGAGCCCGAGCAGAUUGAAAUCGCACAUAAGCUUGUCAAUGAAAUGUCAAGAGAGGCAAUUAAACUUGAUGGAACCAUCUCUGGAGAACACGGAAUUGGUAUGAGUGACAAACGUGAGUUUUUGGAAGAGGAACUUGGAGAAGGCACAAUCGGUGCGAUGCGUAGUAUUAAAUACGCUUUGGAUAAACGUCUUAUCAUGAAUCCUGACCAUAUAUUUAAGAUUGAUCCAGCUGAGCAUAGGAUUGCCAAUGAGUAA